GCCUUACAAAUAGAAAGAUGUUGAUUCCGGUUCUGGUUUGGUUCUCUGCUCACUAUCACAAGGUCAAGUCACUUUUAGCUUUCUAGCAGCAGACGAGAAUUUAGAAGUUGAGGCUAACGUUUCAUUCAAGCAAUCAAUCAUGAAGCUUUCACCUCUUAUGAAUGCCGCGAAAUGGGGGGAGCUGGCCAAAUUCCGGAACAUUGCAACUUUCCGGUUGUCUCCAUAUGAGCUGAAGCCUUUCGCUGGUUUUAUCAGCCAUGGUGUACCAAAUACUAUUAGGCGAAUUCGAGGCCAAUUCUUCAGAGUUGCACCACCUUUCAUUGCUGGCUACCUCGUCUAUGACUGGGCUAAUGCAGAAAACGAGCGUCUUUCCAGGAAGAACCCCAAGGAUUUUGAAAAUGAUGUUUAGAAAAUGAAAUGUAAUUAAUUAUAGAAUAUACAGCUGUAUAAAAUUUUAA